AUGUGGCGAAUCUCCGUCUCAGUUUUCAUCAUCUCGUGUCUCGCCGUUUCUUUCCUCGCCGUCUCUUCUUUCGCCUAUUCGGAGGCGACAUGUUCCGGGAUAGUCCCAUUACGGUACCGGUACGAUAAGAUCUCGAUAACUGACUUCGGCGGCGUCGGUGACGGGAGGACGGUGAAUACGAAGGCGUUCAGGGCGGCGAUUUACCGGAUUCAGCACCUGAGGAGAAGAGGAGGCACGCUUCUGUAUAUACCUCCGGGAGUGUUUUUGACGGAGAGCUUCAAUCUCACCAGCCAUAUGACUCUCUACUUGGCUAGAGGCGCUGUCAUUAGAGCUGUUCAGGAUACAUGGAACUGGCCAUUGGUUGACCCUUUACCAUCUUAUGGAAGAGGAAGGGAAUUACCAGGAGGUCGGUAUAUAAGCUUUAUUCAUGGUGAUGGGCUUCGUGAUGUAGUCAUCACCGGACAAAACGGGACAAUAGAUGGUCAAGGAGAAGUAUGGUGGAACAUGUGGCGCAGCAGAACGCUAAAGUUCACUAGACCGAACCUAAUCGAGCUCAAGAACUCAAAGGAGAUCAUAAUCUCAAACGUCAUUUUCCAAAACUCACCUUUCUGGAACAUUCAUCCAGUCUAUUGCAGCGACGUUGUCAUCCAUCACGUUACCAUCUUAGCUCCACAAGAUUCCCCCAACACCGAUGGAAUCGAUCCAGAUUCGAGCUUCAACGUCUGCAUAGAAGACUCGUACAUCUCAACCGGAGACGACCUCGUCGCCAUCAAAAGCGGUUGGGACCAGUACGGAAUCGCUUUCGGACGUCCAAGCUCAAACAUAACCAUCCGACGCGUCACAGGAUCGUCCCCGUUCGCAGGCAUCGCGAUAGGAAGCGAGACAUCAGGAGGGAUCAAGAACGUCUUAGCAGAACACAUCACUCUCUACAACAUGGGCGUUGGAGUCAACAUCAAGACGAACAUCGGUCGUGGAGGAUACAUCAAGAACAUCAAGAUCUCCAACGUCUACGUCGAAAACGCAAAGUACGGUAUCAAGAUCGCCGGCGACACUGGAGACCACCCGGACGCGUAUUAUAACCCGAACGCUCUUCCGGUCGUUAAGGGGAUACAUAUCAAGAACGUCUGGGGAGUUAACGUUCAAAACGCUGGCUCCAUUCAAGGCCUUAAAGGCUCACCUUUUACAGGGAUAUGUUUGAGUGAGAUUAAUCUGCAUGGAAGCUUGAAUUCGUAUCGGACGUGGAAGUGUUCCGAUGUUAUUGGAACUUCACUCAAGGUCAGUCCUUGGCCGUGUUCGGAGCUCAGAACUACCGGCAGGUCUUAUUCGUGCUCUUCCACUUUCUGA